GCCGAGCUAAGCCAAAAAAGAGCAACGAAAAACCGCCAAUUAUUUCAGGGUGUUUUCUUUUCCCCCAAAUCCAAUAGUCUCGCCCAUUUCCCUUCUCAUUUCACCAAUCACUUUGAUUCUUUCUUGCAUCCUUGUCUCUUGCAGAUCAGGUUAUCGAUUUAUAAUUGAUCCAAUUUUUUGAAUAAUUAGAUCCAAAGGAUUGAUGUUGAAUUGUAUUUGAAUCGAAUCGAUCGAAUUCAAUCUCUUCCGAUCGAAUUAGGGUUUGCUUGAGACAAGCAAGAUGGGAAGUCCGAAUAAGGAUCAGAGCAAAGGCUUCUUUGCCACCAUGACAUCUGGUUUAUCCAUGUUCGGAAAUGCCAUGCAUAGAUCCAUCAACGGACUGCUAGGUUAUGAAGGCUUGGAAGUUAUAAAUCCAGAGGGAGGCAAAGAAGAUGCAGAAGAGGAAGCUCAUAAAGGAAGAUGGAGAGAAGAGGAACGAGACAGCUACUGGAAGAUGAUGCAAAAGUAUAUUGGAAUGGAUGUCACAUCAAUGGUGACGCUUCCCGUCCUUAUAUUUGAGCCAAUGACAAUGUUGCAAAAAAUGGCAGAGUUGAUGGAGUACCCCCACCUUCUAGAUAAAGCAGAUGAAUGUGAGGAUCCCUACAUGCGAUUAGUCUAUGCCACAUCAUGGGCUAUAUCUGUUUACUAUGCGUUUCAGCGUACAUGGAAGCCUUUUAAUCCAAUUCUUGGUGAGACCUACGAGAUGGUGAACCAUGGUGGUAUUACAUUCAUUUCUGAACAGGUGAGUCAUCAUCCCCCAAUGAGUGCAGGGCAUGCUGAAAAUGAGCAUUUCACAUAUGAUGUUACUUCAAAGUUGAAAACUCAAUUUUUAGGGAACUCUCUUGAUGUCUACCCUGUUGGAAGGACUCGUGUGGUACUUAAAAAAGAUGGUGUAGUCCUGGAUUUGGUACCACCUCCUACAAAGGUUAACAAUUUGAUAUUUGGACGAACUUGGGUGGAUUCACCCGGGGAGAUGAUCAUGACUAAUCUCACUACCGGAGACAAAGCUGUUUUAUAUUUUCAACCAUGUGGUUGGUUUGGAGCUGGUCGAUAUGAAGUGGACGGUUAUGUAUAUAAUGCUGCCGAGGAGCCCAAGAUAUUGAUGACUGGAAAAUGGAAUGAAGGAAUGAGUUAUCAACCAUGUGACAUGGAAGGAGAACCCCUUCCUGGUACAGAGCUGAAAGAGGUUUGGCGAGUUGCUCCUGCUCCGGAAAAUGACAAAUUUCAGUACACACAUUUUGCACAUAAAAUAAACAGCUUUGACACAGCUCCGAAGAAGUUGUUGGCAUCUGAUUCUCGUUUGCGUCCUGAUAGAUAUGCCCUUGAGAAAGGCGAUCUCAUAAAAGCUGGCACUGAAAAGAGCAACUUGGAGGAAAGACAGAGAGCAGAAAAGAGAAGCCGAGAGGCAAAGGGUCAUCAGUUCGCACCAAGGUGGUUUGACGUAACUGAUGAGGUUACACCCACACCAUGGGGAGACCUGGAAAUCUACAGGUACAAUGGAAAAUACACUGAUCAUCGGGCUGCUAUUGACAGCUCAGACAGCAUCGAUGGGGCUGAUUUCCAAUCAAUGGAGUUCAACCCCUGGCAGUAUGGUAAUUUAUCAGAGGAAUGAGUUAAUCUAUGUUUCUUUCAUGCAAGCUAGAUUCUGCGGUUAAAGACAGAUUUUUGGUGUGAUGUAGAAUCUUUUGUUGAUUUUUGGGAAUGCGUACAUUGUCUUCUUUUUAUUAAUUUUGUUUUGGUUGAUGUUAGCAAGGUUAUUUUCUGAGACAGUUUCUCUAUGUUAUGUAACAUGCUAGGCUGUUGUCGAGUUGGUAGUUCGUUUUAAGCUUUUGCUGAACUUGGAGCCCUCGUACUCUGAUACCUUAUGUAGCAUGUGGGACAAAACGUAUCCUAAACUUUGCCAUCUGGUGGAUGGCAUUAAUUUGGAUGUCUGCUUGUUUAAUUUUC